GGAGCGUGAGCCGGAGAACGCCGGCAUCCGGCUUUGUUAUUGGUUGGCUGCUGCCUGAUGGAUAGACGAGGGAGGAGUGAACUCUUCAGUCUGUUCUGACGGAGCCGAAGUACAGAAACCAUAUUUACAGGUACAUGUGACAGCGCUGCAGCUAUGAGUGGAAUUUUAAAGGGGAAGUUUGAAGAAGUUGACGGCUCCUUACCCUGCUCCUCUGUGCAGGAAUCGGAUGAUGAAGUUUUUAGCUGUGACGGUGCUGACAGUGUUGACAGUGUCAAUCCGUCCACUUGUAAUCUUUUCACUGAGGAGAGAGAAAACUCCUGGAGGAGAAAAUAAGGAGCUAUCAACAGACUGAAAAGAUGUUUUCAGAAGCAUAGAGUCUUCAAGAAGAUACCAGAGUUCAUGAGAUCUCAAGGUACAUGUGACAGUGCUGCAGCUAUGAGUGGAAUUUUAAAGAGGAAGUUUGAAGAAGUUGACGGCUCCUCACCCUGUUCCUCUGUGCGGGAAUCAGACGAUGAAGUUUCCAGCAGCGAAAGUGCUGACAGUGGGGACAGUGUCAAUCCAUCCACUUCUAAUCAUUUUCCCCCUUCCUCCAUCCUCAAAAGAGAGAAGCGGCUAAGGACAAAGAAUGUGCAUUUCAGUUGUGUCACCGUGUACUACUUCACCAGGAGGCAAGGCUUCACGAGCGUGCCCAGUCAAGGGGGCAGCACCUUGGGCAUGUCCAGCCGCCAUAACAGCGUGCGCCAGUACACUCUUGGUGAAUUUGCAAGAGAACAAGAGCGGCUCCACCGGGAGAUGUUGAGAGAACACCUCAGGGAGGAAAAGCUGAACUCUUUAAAGCUAAAGAUGACGAAGAAUGGCACAGUAGAAUCUGAGGAAGCUAGCACUCUCACCGUGGAUGACAUUUCCGAUGAUGAUAUUGAUUUAGACAACACAGAGGUAGACGAGUACUUCUUUCUACAACCCCUGCCGACAAAAAAAAGAAGAGCACUGCUGCGGGCGUCCGGGGUGAAAAAGAUUGAUGUGGAAGAAAAGCACGAGCUCCGCGCCAUCCGCCUGUCGAGAGAGGACUGUGGCUGCGACUGCCGAGUGUUCUGUGAUCCAGAAACGUGUACCUGCAGCCUGGCAGGCAUUAAGUGUCAGGUGGAUCGAAUGUCUUUCCCAUGUGGCUGCACUAAAGAAGGCUGUAGUAACACAGCAGGUAGAAUCGAAUUUAAUCCGAUCCGUGUUCGGACUCACUUUUUGCACACAAUAAUGAAACUUGAACUGGAGAAAAACCGAGAGCAGCAAAUCCCCACGCUGAACGGCUGCCACGGGGAGAUAAGCGCUCACAGUAGCUCCAUGGGCCCCGUGGCGCACUCCGUGGAGUAUUCCAUCGCAGACAAUUUCGAGAUUGAGACCGAGCCGCAGGCCGCCGUGCUGCACCUGCAGUCGGCCGAGGAACUAGACUGCCAAGGAGACGAGGAGGAGGAGGAGGAGGACGGCAGCAGCUUCUGCAGUGGAGUCACGGAUUCCAGCACGCAGAGCCUGGCGCCUAGUGAGUCAGAUGAGGAGGAGGAAGAGGAGGAGGAGGAGGAAGAGGAGGAGGAGGACGACGACGACGAGGACGAGAAAGGGGACAGCUUCGUGGAAGGGUUGGGGACCCAUGCAGAAGUCGUCCCUCUCCCUUCCGUCCUCUGUUACUCCGACGGCUCGGCCGUCCACGAGAGCCACGCGAAAAACGCUUCUUUUUACGCCAACUCUUCAACUCUGUAUUACCAAAUCGACAGCCACAUUCCAGGAACGCCUACCCAGAUCUCUGAGAGCUAUUCCGAACGAGAUCCUGUGAAGAACGGUACCCUCUCGCUGGUGCCUUACACCAUGACCCCGGAGCAGUUCGUUGACUAUGCCCGCCAAGCCGAAGAGGCCUACGGCGCCUCCCACUACCCAGCUGCCAACCCCUCUGUCAUCGUCUGCUGCUCCUCUGCGGAAAAUGACAGCGGUGUGCCCUGCAACAGCUUAUACUCCGAACACAGGUCCAAUCAUCCCCAAGUGGAAUUCCACUCAUACUUGAAAGGCCCCUCCCAGGAAGGGUUUGUCUCCACGUUGAAUGGUGACAGUCACAUUUCAGAGCACCCGGCGGAAGAUUCUUUGAGUCUGGCAGAAAAGAGCAGAUUGCACGAAGAGUGCAUCAAAUCACCCGUGGUUGAGACCGUCCCCGUUUAGUAGCUGAAGUUCUUCUAGGACCAACUGUUCUCGUAUUUAAAGCACUGUCUUUAAUUGGAUUUCCUGGGCCCAUGGUGGUUUAAACUGAGGACCAAGCAACCCCAGACUGUGGUGAAUCUUCCAGACUGUAUUUUGUUUUCUCCUUUCUAGCUACGUGACUGUGGCAUUGCACAAAUACAGUCUCUAUGAGGAUUUUAAAAGAUUUCAGACUGUUUUGAUAGAAAAAUGCUAAUUUUAAAAAAAGCCUAUCUCACAGUUGCCUACCUGUCAAACUGUGUGAAACCUGCCAAGCUGUGUAGAUCAGAGCUCCAAGUUUUGGAUUAUCGGGCCUGUGCAAGAUUGUUAGCUAAGACUGGGAAAUAAUAAGAUUUAGAGUCCUAAUUUUCAAUAAAUCUGAAGAUGAUGGUGACUUUUUAAUGUAAAAGUAAUUAUUGUAAGAAAAGAUUUAAUCGCUCCAUGUGUAUUUUAUUUAUGGUAGUUAGAAGUCAUGUUUUGAUGAAAACGAACAGCAGCAUGUUCCUUUAAGCUGAAGAUGCAUAGUUAGCACCACCGAGCAUGCCCACACGGAUCGCAUCUGGAAUCCACUCACGUUUUUAUGAUCAUGACUGAUCAGAUUUGCAAAUACUUUCUUAAGGGUGAAAUAGGCCUAUUUUUGCUAUUUUGGACAAAUAAAUGAGUCUAUAUGUGCAGGUCCUUACACAGUUUUCUCUAAAGUUAAGAGUUAGGACAAUCCUCUGGUGAGGGUCUAGUCAUUGCCCUCCCUCAGUUGACUCCAGAGAUGGAGGUAGAAGGAAUUGCCUUUCUUUUUUAAACAGCAUCAUCUUGGUUCUUAGCUUGGACAGCACCUUUAAACUCUACUCCCCUACAUCCAAAUGCACUUUAGUGCCCCUUCAUGGUACCUUGUGAGGGGUGGGCACUGAGAACUCUCUGAGAUGAAAAAUUUAAAAAAAAAAUUUUUUUUAAUCUGCAACUAUUAUAAGGUUCAUAUAAUUAAUAUAGAGGAAUCAUCCAAUGAUACUUUAUGAAGGAAAAAUGACCUAUUUUCCUUCGCCACUCUGAAGACCUAACUCGGUAAAAGCAGAGGAGGCAGAGGAAACCGGAAGAAACACAUCCUCAGCAACCAGCCUUUUCUACAGCGUGAUCAAUCCAUCUCGACAAAAUGAGUAUAUAAGGAGAUUUCCUUUUAGUGACUAGCUGAUUGAAGGGGGGGCCUCUACCCAAAUACUCAACUAGGCCUUACUUUUCUGAAGCGUUUUGAUUUCUCUUGCCUGGGACAAUUAGCAGAACAGUCCAGAAUGCAUUGAAUACUUUCUAAUUACCUCACGUUCUCUUAUUAAAGGGGACAGAUAGAAAUUAAAACAUGCACUCCCCACCUUUAGGUUAUCUGCACUUGGUUCGUCGGAGGACUUCUAAGAUCCCGUUUUCCUGUACAUUAAUUUAGGUACCUAACUAGUGUGUUCCACCUUUUUUCCCCCAAUGCAAUAUGACUAUGCUAAGUCUGUUUCAUAUUUUUGACCUUCCGUUGUUCUAUCAUUUCACAUUUUAUGCCUCUUUGAAAUGUGGACAUGCCUUGCUAUUCAGUGACUGCAUCGCUAAUUUUUAUGUCUUUUAGACUUAGGUGUUUAGAAAUAUGGAUAUAAAUAUAUUGUAGAUCUCAGUUCCUUAAAAAAAAUAUACUAUUUUAUUUCAGUGAACUUAAAAAUGUUUGAUCUCGAGAAAGUCCUCCAGUGGAAAAGUCUCUACUCAAACUUGAUUUGGGGAACACAUGUUUACUUGGCAGUUGGUUCCUGCCCUAUCUCUACCCCUCCAGGGGGCCAAAUUUAUAACCAUUAAUGUUAAUAUUAAAGGAGCUUUGGGUUUGUCCUUAUGGAAGUAGCAGUGAUGAGGGCAGGGAUGUGACUCUUGAAGGAUAAGCCCUUUGGGUUAAUCAGAUAGGGGUUUUGCUCAAAUCUCUGUAGUAUAUCUCCCGUUGUCUACAAAGCUACACUUUCUAGUGCUUGAUUUUCAAAAUUGUUUCCCUUACCAAUACAAUCGAAAGAGCACAGGCCCAAAGAAAAAUGACAAGAGGCUACUGUUCCUUCAUUUAGACAUGUGAAAAAAAUCACAUGUGCCCUAUUUGCUGGACCACUACAAGCCCUUGAAGUAUUUACUCGUGAAGCAGUCAGCAUAAUUCUUGGAAGCCAGACUGUGGCAGAGGGGGGCAGAAGCGACUCUGGCUGGGGCAAAGUUGAAGGGUAGAAUGUCAGUCCAGUUUCUGAAAGGAUAGAUAUUUAAUUUGGUCCAGCUUUAUAUUCAUAAGAAGGUUGAAGCCUACUUGUUUGUUCAGCUAGGUCUCUGUUUUGUAGCUUCAUUUCCAAAAGGAUGCUUAGCCUAGAAACAGGCAAACAAAAAAAUCAGAGCCUUUUCCCCUAUCUGUCCAAUUGGGGUUGAAAGUCACUGUGCACAGAAGGAUUAACCUUCCAAGCAUAAAUUCCAUUCCAAAUUUUCAUGUAUAUAACCUAACUCCUAAACGUCUCCCAUAAACUACAUACACAACUUACCUAUUAAAACACUCCCAUCACACACACACACACACACACACACACACACACUGUAUACCACACCCUGGAGAAUGACAGAUUUUAGGCAAUGGCCAAUAAAAAAUACUGUAUUUUUCCCCACCCUAGGAUUUGAUGGGGUUUUAUGAUCAAAAAAGAAAGUCUAGAAAAGGGGUUAAUGUGUAAAGCUAUAGUUUGAAAAUGUUGGGUCAAAGUUGCAAAUAAUAUUAAUGAUGGAUUCAUUUCAUUGUUAUUUCUUUUCCCAAAAACACUGAGAGAGCACAGUGUUCCAUCUGACUUUUUUUCCGUUAAUAGCCCUUCUAUUCAACAAAAACUGCCCACAUGCCAGGAGAGAGCUACAGUUUUUCUAAGCUUUUUAAAAUGGGGAUCAAGCGAGAUGCAGCCAGUUGGGAUACUUAAGAUCUUUAUAUUGAGACAGAGUGACGCCGGACCUGCAGCUGUUGUAUUGCCCCCAUAGUUUAUCUAACCAAAUUAUUGUCUUUUUCUGACACAGGGCUUUUUAGUCAUUCACUGCCAAUGGCAAAGCUUCGUGCUUUGGUCCCUGUUGUUUUAGCACCGGCCCUAUACUUUUUAUUGGGACUUAAUUCCCAGUUAUAAUCCAGACCAGAUUGAUUUGCAAGUCAAGUGGCUGGAGCAGCUUGCCCUUCCUUUGUCAUUCUAGGUUUCCUUUGGGAGAAAGAAGUCAACGAAAGAGAUUUACUUAAGUUAUCCCCCCCAUUGUUUAAUCAUUGAUUAUUAAGACAUAGGUAAAACUUGUUCGACUCAUGUCUUUUGUUAGCUGAAUAAUAUAGUUACUUUUUAAAAGUCAAUCUUUGUGAUGAAACUAUAUUUUCCCAGUGUACCAGCCACAUAUAAAAUGUGAAAUUAAUAUUAUUCGAGUCAUAAAAUCAUAAUCAUCUAUAGUCCAGCAGUAACCCCCAGCCCCCGCAAAACAAAAACAAAAACAAACCACUAUGAAUUAUAGAAACACUGGCCACAAAAUAAUCAAGAAGCAAAGAGAUUAUAAGUGAUUAUGUCCUUUAUAUUUUUACACUCAAACAGAUGACGUUUCGGCAAAAUUCUGGUUUGGUAUAUCAUUAAACAGGGAAAUAGAUCAUGAUUUAUUUCCUAUAAAUUGAUAGAUCAUUGGUUCUCUGACUAAACUUAUUUUUUUAAGAUUUUUUUUAUUUUUAUUUAUUUGACAGAGAUAGAGACAGCCAGCGAGAGAGGGAACACAAGCAGGGGGAGUGGGAGAGGAAGAAGCAGGCUCCUAGCGGAGGAGCCUGAUGUGGGGCUCGAUCCCAUAGCGCCGGGAUCACGCCCUGAGCCGAAGGCAGACGCUUAACCGCUGUGCCACCCAGGCGCCCCUCUGACUAAACUUCUGAUAUUGUACAAGUUUAUAAUUCUUUGGUCUUGAUAUUUAGAAUUUACUAAGUAUCAGCUCUAUCAACAAAUAUUUAUAGAGCACCUACUCUGUUAGAGGAGGUUUUCUAAGUGGUAAAAAGAGGACAUAAAACACUACACUCUCUAAGGAAUUAUAAGGGAUUCUAAGGGAGGAGCAGCAUGAAAUAAUCAAGACUCACUGUUAAUUCUUUUAACUGGUGAUUUUAUAUUAUGAUUUUAGAAAAAGCGACAUCAAUUCUUGUCUCAUUACAUGCAAACUGUAACUCAAAGGAUACUUCUUUUCCCUAAAUUAACGGAAUUCACUGGAUGCUCUUUUUUUCCUCUACCCCCUAUCCAAAAUUUCUGAAUUAAAUCUAGACUCAGCUAGGGGAACUGAAUCGAAUGAAAAAGAUUUUUGGCUAAUUGCUUCUUCAGUGUUAGAUCUAUACAAGUGAUGCUAAAUUUAUACUAGCAAACUCCUACCAGAUAGUUUCCAAAGCUGGUUGACUCAUAUAAACCAGGAAACAUUUCAGGAAAACUUUGAAACAAUGAUGUGGAACAUAAUCACUCUUACAUCUAUUUAUAAACAAACAGCCUAGAAAUUUAGCAAAACCAUAGUUCCAAGUUCCAAAGGCAUUGCCUUGUAGCCUGUAGAAAACAGAAGUCAUUCGGGCCACCUCACUUUUCGCUGGGGUUAUAAAACCAUCAAACGAGCAAGUGGAAAAUGGACAUUCUCAGAAGUCAGAUAGAGACUGCUUUUGUAAAAGGUGCCACAAAGCCUUCCACUUCUCCAAAUACGACUUCACCUUCCUCUUUAAAAAUGGCAUCUGCUCCUUAAUCCCUCGCAGAAAGUUUGGAGUGUUAUUACUGUAGCCAGUGUACAAAAUACCAAAUUUAAGCGGGAAGUACUUUCUUUCAAAGGCAAGAUUGGAGUGUAAACCAGAACUAUCUGUAUAUCCUUACCACAACCAACACGGGAAGUUUAAAGCCUUAAUCGCUCUCCGUUCUAAUACAAAUUUGCAACUUCUGAUUAUAUUAUUCUGAGAUCUGCUAACUUGUGCUCAAGUAACUUAAAUGCCUAAGCCACAUGCCACAGCUUCACACAAAUAGCACAGUCCAACAGAUGUUUUCUGUCGCAUUAAAGAAUUUAAUUGACUUAAUUUAACUGAAUAUCAGCAAUUGAAAAAGCCCACUAAAAUUAUGGAGGUGACAGGGUGGGGUGAGGACGGAAUCUAAGCGUAAUAAGUGGUAGUGUCUCCUGGGAACCGUAACGUUUCAGCAGAGCUGAACAACUAGAAUUUUCACCGGAAAAACUAGAUUCACAAAUGGCAGCCCGAAACCUAGAAGGGGCAGUGACAAUGUCGAAACUUGGAGCCCAGUUGGUGUUCACAUCUGCUGCCCACCAUGCACAUCGAUUAUGUCUUCCUCUCUAAAAAUCAUCUGAUGCUUGGCUUUAAAAAAUAAAAAAACACGGAGCUCCAACAUGCUAAAGAAACUAUUUUUAAGAUUUAGACAUAUUUUAUAUUAAAGUGACUGACAGACUAUUGUCAAAAGUGAUGAAUACAGAAAUAAAAGAGCUCUUUAAUAUUUUACCUGUCAAAUCUGCAUAUUUAAUGUGACUUUUUAAUAUAGUCACUUCUAAGUUUUACUUCAACUCCUCUCAGCUUUCAAACUUGACCAUGCGACCCACUUCCAACCAAUCAAUGCAGGUGGGGUUUUUUGUUUAUUUUCUUUCUUAGAAAUUCAAACUCAAAGCUUGAUAUGACCUGGGUUGUACCUGGUGAGUGGUCCUGUGUUUAGUCUAACUUUGGGCUGUCUGGAGAGUAAAUGGAAUACCUUGGGUUUUGCUGUCUGACAGUAGUAAUUCAGACAGAAUUAUUGGAAGCAGGAAGGUGAAUACAACCAAAUUCAAAGCCUACACCAGUUCAUUCUCUAUAUGCAAUUAUUGUAAUCUAAUUAAUACACAGCCUGGAAUUUUAGUAAAUACAGGUAUGUGUUACAUUCAUGGAAAAUGAAGUAAUUUCAAAGGUUUAAGUCAUAUUGUUGACUACUUUCUUUCACUUGUGAUAAAUAUAUCACUAUACAGGGUAAUUGCUUCUUAGUUGCUACUUUACACUUGCUUAUAAUUCAAGAAAAGUCAAUUCAAGUGUGUCAUUUUAUUUCAUCUCGUAAGUUUCCGGCAGAGCUCAAGUUUCAAGAAAUAUGAUAGAAUUUAUUUUGGACAAUAUUUGCAUUUAAUGUGCUGAUGAUGACAUUCCUUUCUUCACAUUACUCAUUACCAUGGUGAUAAUCAAAUCAGUUCAGUAACUCUCAUUUUAGUGACAUGUAUGAGGCCAUUUCAAUAUUUUAAGAUAAUGUAUGUUGAUUCGACGGAUUUAGAAAAAGAAAUUUAUGGUAGAAAUUAGCCUUGCCUUUGUCUACGUGAAUUUAUGUGGCCUGAUUGAAUGGUUUCAGUGGUAAUUUUGGAAUAACUGUUUUGUUAGAUAUGCCUUUCUUUCUACUUUUGCUUUCUUCUAAUAUUUUUAUCUGGCUUGGGGGUAUCUUAAAAGUUAUUUAUCGAUGAAUAUUUGGAAGGACAUUGACUUAGAAAAUAUCUCUUUAAAAAGUAUCUAGGCACUUCUAUCACCAGAGAUCUUUAUCAAGUCUUAUGGCCACGCUAUGUAAGACCAGAAACCCCCUCAUCAGGGAUGUGUCUUCCAAAUAUGGUUUUGCUGUUUUCUCUACAUAAGAAACCUAUUAAAAAUUACAUAAGAAUUUUAAACUUUGUAACAUAAUUUAUCCAGUUUUAUUUUGCUUCUCCUUUUUAUGUUGGUCAGCAAGCUUUUCCCCUUAGCCAUAAAGAAAGCCCCCCAUCUCUAAAACAAAUUCAAAGGAAUUUGAAAUUUUACUUAUUUAUUUUUUGAAAUUUUAUUUAAAUAUAAAAGAAAGGAAGGAAGUAAAUAAAAUCAAAAUCUGAAUUCCCCUAAGGUGGAAAAACCUAAAUAUCUAAGCCUAAGAAAUAAAUUGCCAGAGGUUAUUGUUUUUUUAAUUAAGUGUUGAUCCUUGGAUGCUUUAAUGAUACCCAAAUAAUAUCUGAACUUGAUAGACUUUAAAUUUUAGUAGUUGGCACAGUCAUUUCCUUUGUACCAUAAUUAAAUAGGGUCCCCUGCCAAAGGUUACGCUCUGAAUCGUGAUUCAUUAGGCGCUAGUCAUGCCAAACGAGUAUCUUAGACUAGUUUAAUCUUUUCACGGAUACUCACAAUGGCCAACUGUGUGUGAAUAAUGAAAAGUUUGAGAUUCUUGUGUAUUCUUCAAAUUUUAUAGUCCCGAGACUAGAGAUCUCCAGAGGUCAUCCGCCUCAUCCAUCUCUCUCCGGGGAAGACUGUCAUUCAGGCAUGCCCAACAGGAUAGAUACCCAUCUAUUCUUAACAUCUCUAGGGAAAGCUGUUUCCUUGGCAACACAAUCCAGUUCUGUUAGGUUUUUCUCACAAUAAGAAAAUAUCUUGGCCAGUCUUUGUGGGCUAGGCACCUGGCAACAGUUGUGGUGAUUUGGGCCAUUGUCCUGACAGACUCGAAGGACAUUGGGUUUCCCCUUACUUUGAUGAUUAUUGUAUUUGAUGACUCCAUACGUCUCCUAAGAAAUCAGAUUUUUAAAAAAUAAAGAUGUGAGUAUUGAGACCACGUUCAAUAACAUAACCUGCUUUCAACAAAUAUGACAGUAGUUUUGUUUUUUUUUCUUUUUCAUUUGUGUUCACCAAUGCUGUAAUGUCAGGAGGUAAUGUCAAGAAAGGUGACUGUUUCAGAUCCCCAGUGACAGACAUCAGAGUUAGGAUCAAGUGACGACUUGCUCAAUUUUCUGAGAAGUUGCAAUGACAUCAAGUGAGCAUUUUCUACCUUCUUGCUUCUAAAUAAGUACUUUCUCGUGAAUCUUUCUUUACCCUAAAAUGACAAAUGAGAAUCUCAAGCUUUUCCACUCCUUCUGGGGGAAGAUGUGACUAGUUUUGGAGAGUCUGCUGUGGAAUUAAAUGACUCCGGAGAAUUACUCAGCCACCAUUUGAUCCCAGCCUUUGUCCCCGUGUUAUUUAAACAAUGGCUGCCUGCCUUCUCAGGGAUCAGCAGAAUGAUUUAAAAAUUUGUCAUCUUGACAAGGCCUGAAAUCAAAGGGAGGAGUCUGGGAGGAUGGUGAUUUUUUUUUUUUCCUGAUUACAUCACUUGACCCAAGCACCCCCUGCAGCUUUCAGAGCAUUUUCUGUUUGCUCAGAGUUGCUUCCAACUCAGAGUCAGAACCAACCAGAAGAUGAGGAGCACUCCUGAAAUCAAGAUUUCCUUUCUCCAUGGGAUUUUUUCCCAAUCUAGAUACAGCUGCUUAUCUCCCCAACUCGGAUGCUCUUGUGAAAUGACAGCCACAUCGGUGUGGUUGUUCCCCACAAAUAACACUAGGGGAAAUAACCCUUUUUGCUUUAAAAAAAAAAAAAGAAAGGUAUAGAAUGUUUAUGUAAAGAAUGUUGAAUAAUUUGGCCCAUGUUUUAAUUGACUCUAGACACCUCUAUGGAAAUAAGUCUGAGGCGUAGUUUGUGAAACAUGUUUCAAAAGUGUUUGAUGUAAAAUAAAUGCUAGACAUUUACAGUACAGACAUAGUUUAAAAAACGAAAAACCUGUAGAUUACAAGUCUGUUCCUAAGAACCUCAGCCUUUAUUGUGUCUUAGUAAAGUUGAUCUGCUUUCAUUUUAGUUUAUUGCAUUUCUGCUGUAAUAGCCUCUUAAGAUAGAACUAUUAAUACAUAUGUAUUGGUUAAUGCCUGUUAAUGCAGAAAAUGGCACUUUGUUAUUUCAAUGUGUUUCCCUCAAUGUCACAGGGUAUAUCAAUUUGAUAGGAAAAGGUCAUUUGACAUUGGUCAAAAAUGCAUUUUCCCCAUUUAGAAUAUAGAUGUAUAAUUGGUUGCAUAGACAAAUGGCACCUUUUGCAGUAUCUUUAUCUUGAUCAUAGUCUUAGAUGUCAACUGUGUCUCCACUUUCCAGCUGCCAUAGAAUUCGGAACAUUUGCAAAUUCUGGUGAAAUCGAGUGAGCUGAAUGUAAUGGUAGAUCAAAGAAUCCAAAGGACUUGAGUGUUAUCCUUCAGUCUAUGUUGAACCAUUCGGACAUUGGGAAUGGUCUUUACACAAGGGAAGUCUUUUGAGAGUGUUUUUUUUGUUUUGGUUUGGUUUGGGUUUUUUGUUUGUUUUUUGCUGACAAAAAAAGUAAUUUAAAAACUCAGUGAGAUAAACUCACUGUCACGUUUUUUGACAUUGUGAUCGGUUUUAUCUCUUAGUUGAUUUCUGCUAUUACUUUUACUCAAUUUCAACAGUAUUUCAGUAGACAUUUUCUUACUUUUAUGUUCAAUUUAAUCGCUCAGAAAGGUUGAAAGGGAAGAAAGUCAAACAACAGUUCAUACAUACAGUCGCUUUACACUAAAACAUCAUAUCGUGUGUCACACAGUUUCUAGAUUGAUUUCUCUUGUGUAUAAGUUAUAACAUCAAAGAUGCCAAAGGGUAUAUAAAAUAAGCUACAAUAAUAGUCAACAGAACUUAACCUGGAUCUUAUGUUGUAAUAAUUUAUUCAUAUUAGAUGUAGUCUUCUGUAUUUAUAUUUUCAGUAUUUAUUAUGAAUGACAUGGAAAUUCGUGUAUUUAUUGUGGCUUUUUAUUGCAGUGUGUAUAUAUAUAAAUCACAAAUAAGCAUUUUUAAGUCUUAUCCUUAAGUUUCUUUUAUUAGUGGCACUUGUAUUAUGCUGUACUUUUUAUUAUAUAUUGUACAAUAUCUUGUCCAUUUGUUUGCAGCAGAGUAAAACCGGUUUCUAAGUUGUAUCUACUGU